AUGCUGGUGACAUUCACCCGCAGAAAUCGACUAUGGAGCGAUGAGUGCUCUUCGUCCUCGUCCGGCGACUACUGCGAUAUCUGUCUUUCCGGCGAGGGUACCAACAAGACCACCUAUUCCCGCCACAGCCAUGGGUAUCCUUCAGUCCGAGCGAGCAAAUGGUCUACAGCGGAGCUCAACUUCGGGUACUGCACCCUCUUGGUGAUGGAAGAUCUGGACGUGAUUCCUCGGCAUGAGGUUCGCUCCGUGAAUGUUCAGCUCGUGACCUACAACGGAAACCAGGGGUCGGCCUUCGGCUCCAUCAACCUCGGCUUCACUUUCGAUCACGAGCGGAUUUGAUUGAAUUAGAUUGUGGUUUGGCUUGUCUCUGCUCCAUCAAUCGGUUAAGAUCCAUCGGGUUGAGCGGAAUUUGGUUAGACUGGUAAUGAGGUCUUCUUGCUCUUGGUCUGUCAAAUUCGGCCCAUUUUCGACGGCGCUGGUUGGAUACGGGUCUUUCUUUGUACAACGAGGUAUCUUUGCUCUUAUACUACUUGCUCAGAUACUGUCAUAACCGGGUUCACGUGCGCAAUGAGCAUUUUGGGCUUUGUCUCGAGGUUCCCGUAUGGGUUGGUUCUGUCAAUACCGGAUUCACUUUCUCGCGUUGUUGUUUGGUUUUACGGUAGUGGCUCCUCUUUGCUCAUGGUCCCAUCAAUGUCGGGUACCUUUUCGAUCGCGUCAAGGGGAUUUCAGGUUAGUGUGGUACGGCGUAUCUUCGCUCUGGUAUCAUUUACCACUGGAUCAGAUCCAUCGUGGGCCAGCGGAUUCUUGUCAACGAGGUUAUGGGUAAUGUUUGCCUUUGUUCCCUCAACAUCGGGUUAGAGUUCAAUACCCUAGAAUACUGGUUGCCGUUGCUCCAGCUCCAUGUCCAAGACUUCCACCCCGGUGCGUGUUU